AUUAAAUGCUCUCCUCUGUUUCCCAACCCAGUAUUAAAUGCCACCCACCUUUCUCCCAAAAAAUCUUCCCUAAUCCCCUUUCCCACUCCCCUCAAUAUCAAAUGGACUCUUUCACUCCCCCAAAUGAGCGCCCCCAUAACGUCCACUGCCGCCUCCGCCUCCGCCUCCGCUUCCACUCCCACCAACUACCUCUCCAACAUCGGCCUCGGCUACUCAAUCGCAAUCGCACUCGGCUUUCUCGUCCUCCUAUCCACCAUCCUCCUCGCCUCCUACAUUUGUUGUCGACGCCGCUCUCGUGAUCCAAACAAUUUCGUCCAGGACCAAAACUCCUCCGCUGCGGAUGGAAUCAUUCUCCCUCGCAUCAUAUUUGUGGCGGAAGACGAUGGGCAUCACGACGAAGAAAGCGCCGCUGUGGGGCUCGAUCAGGCCGUGAUUAAUUCUUACCCGAAAUUCCAGUUCUCGAAGGAGGCUGCGGCGGGCGUGAAGAACAGUGGUGACGGCAAUUUGUGCUCGAUUUGCUUGUGUGAGUAUAGGGACUUGGAAAUGCUGAGGAUGAUGCCUGAGUGUAGACACUAUUUUCAUCUCUGUUGCAUUGAUGCUUGGUUGAAACUUAAUGGUUCUUGCCCUGUUUGCCGGAACUCUCCCCUGCCUACGCCGCUUUCGACACCCUUAUCAGAGGUCGUGCCACUGUCACAGUACGCAGCAGAUCGAAGGAGAAGGUGAUGUGAAGGGGUGGAAUUGUAUAAAUUUUUAUUUUUUCGAGGUAGGUAGGGAUUGGAUUUGCUGGGUUUUGUUUGUUUGCUUGAUUGCUUGAGUAGAAAAUGGAGUUUUCUUGGA